GUGGGGUUACUGUUUCAGCUCUGAUGUUUGUUUGGCUUUUUUUCUGUGGGGGGGGGGGGGGGCGAGAUAUGGGAUGGGGCUUGGGGGCCCAGAAAAUUUUGCCAGACAGGCCCCGGUGAUUUCUGAAAGAGGCCCUGUAUACGGCUAUUGUACUUCUUUUGGUGGAGGAGUAAUACUCCAGAUACAGACAUGGCACCUGAAUUCACCCUGUACUGUGCUGGCAAAUCAUUCUCUGCCUCUGAAAGGGCUGAACUCCAAUGUCUAUGUACAUAUACAGCUCUUAGCUUCCCAUGUUAGUAAAACACAAGCAUAAUAACAAACUUACAUUUUCCCUAUAGUGAGAUGUCUGCGGAUGAAGUGAACAUCGGCUCAACUCAUCCAGAAAACACAGCAGAAGACUUUCCACCGGCUGUGACGACGGAACCAGAAGUUUUGCAUUUGACCAACUGCACUCUGCAAGACUUCACCCAACGAGGUUUCCUAGGCGAGGGCGGAUUUGGGAAGGUUCUCCAUGUGCAACACACGGCAUCAAAAAGAUCGUAUGCCCUGAAGAUCCUAAAAAAACAGAAGAUCACCACCUUAAGGGAUGUUGAAAGGAUUUUGGUCGAGAAACGGGUCGCUCUCACAGCAGCUGUCCACCCCUUCACCGUGGAUCUACAUGCCACCUUCCAGUCAGACCACCAUCUCUUCUUCCUCAUGGAGUAUGUCGCUGGAGGCUGCUUAAGGACUCUCCUGGAGAGGGAACGUAAAUUUGGACAACGGAGGACUACGUUCUAUGCUGCGUGCACAGUGCUGGCCAUCUCCUAUUUGCACGAAAAUGGUAUCAUACACCGAGAUCUCAAGCCGGAAAACCUGCUCUUAGACAGCAACGGGUACAUCAAACUGGCUGAUUUCGGACUAUGCAAAGACGGAAUUGGCUAUGGGGACAGAACACGCAGCCUGACUGGAACCUAUGACUACAUGGCUCCCGAAGUCCUCUCCAGGCUGCCGUAUUCAAGAUCUGCAGAUUGGUGGUCUCUGGGCAUCGUGAUCUUCGAGAUGCUAGUCGGGGACCUACCAUGGAUGAGACCAUCUAUUGGCGUCGUCUGCCCAAAGUUCCUGGCUGAGGAUGCAGCUAUUUUAAUAUCAGGGCUUUUACAGUUGGACCCAUGGAUGCGGCUGGGCUCCAGCGAGGAAGAUGCAGGUGAACUAAUGUUUCAUCAUUUCUUUCGAGGCAUUGACUGGCUGGCUUUGGUACAGAGAAAAUUGCAGCCCCCAUUCAUACCGGAGGAUGUUGGACUUUCCGACGAUGGACCCUGUUAUGAACAUCUACUUCUAACACCUCCCUCCGAGGGUUCCUUGGCAAUAAGAAAAGAGAUCGCCGAUGCCUUUGGGAGCUUCGAUUAUUCCGCAAUAUAGAGCUGCGUGAUCAUCCUGCAACGCAAAAAUCAUUGCCAUCACCCGCGUUGACAGAAGAUUGGGGACACAUGAAAAACGGCACAUCAGGUUUCACAUCAGGUCAUCUUGCUUUCUGUUUCUCUUCCAUCCAGAGCAAUUAGCGGUACCCCUCCUCCUUCCACCAUAGCUCCACCAGCGGUGCCCCAUCUCCUUCUACCGUAGCUCCACCGGCGGUGCCCUCCCUUCCUACUAAAAUAUAGCAUCAUAAACAGGAGCGCACUUAAGCCACUCGGUAAACCCUGCAUUCCUUUUUACUCCAACCCCAAGUGUGCAGAAGCCGGGUCUGCAGGCUGCUGGGGCUCCAAUGGAAUGAAACGGAAUGCAGCAUUCACCGAGCUGCUUAACGGUGCUCAUGUUUAAGCUGCCAUAUUGCUUACCGUAAUUCCACCUGCGGUGCCUCCCUUUCCACCUAAAAUAUGGUUUCAUGGGCAGAUGCACCUAAGCCACUCGGUAGUCCCUGCAUUCCAUUUCACUCAAUCCCUCAGUGUGCAGAAGCCGGGUCUGCAAGCUGUCUGGGCUGCCAGUUCUCCAAUGGAAUGGAAUGGAAUGCAGCAUUCACCUAGCAGCUUAAUGGCGCUCAUGCGUAUGCUGCCAUAUUGCUUUCUUUUUCUUUUCCUUCAUUCCAAUUCCACCAGCAGUUGUCCCUCUUAUAUAGUAUCAUAAACUGGAGCACCAUUUAGCCACUCGGUAGACUCUGCAUUCCUUUCAACUCCAUCCCUCAGUGUGCAAAUGCCGGGGUGUGCAGGCUGCCUGGGUUCAAUGGAAUGGAUUGGAAUGCAGCAUUCAUCUAGCUGCUAAACGGUGCUCAUGUUUACGUAGCCUUAUUGCUUUUUGUUUCCCUUCCUGCCACUGUAAUUCCACCAGCAGUCCCUCCCUUCCCAUCUUAAAUAUGGUUUCAUAGACAGAAGCCCCCUUAAGCCACAUGGUAGACCCUUCAUUUCUUUUCUCUCCAUCCCUCAGACUGCAAAAGCCGGGUCUGCAGGCUGCAAGGGACCAAAGAAAUGGAAUGCAGAGUUCACCUAGCAGCCUAAAGGCGCUCAUGUGUAUGCUGCCAUAUUACCAUCUGUUUCCCUUACCCUCUUUCUCUUGAUUAAAUAUGGCAAAUUGAUCCUGGGAGCAAAUCCGAUUGCCGUUAAGGAGUCAGGAAGGAAUUUUUCCCUCACAAAGGGUUUUUGCCUUCCUCUGGAUCAAAUAGCCCUAUUUAUCCUAUAAUAAUUAUUAAUAAAGCUGUGCGUUUCACAGAUUUAACCAUCA